CACUUUUGUUUUGAUUCCAAUCUUCGGCCGUAUGUUUGUGUUCUCAUGUUUCGUCAGUAUCAUGUGUUUAGCUUGUAGACUGAUACAGAUUUUAGGUUUGAGCACGUUAUAGAAAAAUGACCAUUGCCGAUUACAUUGGAUCGUUGUCGGAUAAUCCCUAUUUCGGGGCUGGAUUUGGACUAUUCGGUAUUGGUGCCGGUGCAGCUCUUCUGCGUAAGGGUUUGCAAGGUAGCUUAAUCUUAUUCCGACGACACUACAUGAUAACGUUGGAGGUUCCCUGUCGCGAUAAAUCGUACCAAUGGCUUCUUCAGUGGAUUACUCAGAAGGGUGCCAAACACACCCAGCACCUAAGUGUGGAAACAUCCUUUCAGCAGCGCGACACGGGCCACAUUAAGACAAAGUAUGAUUUCAUUCCCUCCGUCGGAACACAUAUCAUGCGGUACGGAGGAACGUGGAUCAAGGUGGAUCGUGCAAGAGAACAGCAUACGCUCGAUCUGCAUAUGGGAGUUCCUUGGGAGACCGUGCAAUUGACGGCUUUUGGACGCGAUAAAAAUCUAUACUUUAGAAUUCUGGAGGAAGCCAGGCAGCUAGCUCUUAAAAACACCGAAGGGAAAACCAUAAUGUAUACCGCCAUGGGUUCCGAGUGGCGUCCCUUCGGACACCCUCGGAAACGUCGUCCCAUAAGAUCGGUUGUUCUGGACAACGGUGUAACGGAUAGGAUCCUGAACGAUUGCCGCGAGUUUAUUCGCAAUCCACAGUGGUACGCGGAUCGUGGUAUCCCCUACCGGCGGGGCUAUUUAUUACAUGGUCCCCCUGGAUGUGGUAAAUCCAGUUUCAUCACUGCAUUAGCUGGUGAAAUCGAGUUCGGCAUUUGCCUGCUUAACUUGUCCGAGCGGGGUCUCACGGAUGACCGAUUGAAUCAUCUGAUGAACGUUGCCCCACAACAGUCGAUCAUCCUGCUAGAGGACAUUGAUGCUGCAUUUCUUUCUAGAGAGGAUACCAAACAGCAGAAAGCAGCGUACGAAGGACUCAACCGGGUGACUUUUAGCGGUCUGCUCAACUGCCUGGACGGAGUAGCGUCCACGGAGGCGCGAAUCGUAUUUAUGACCACCAACUACCUCGAUCGACUGGAUCCGGCAUUGAUACGACCGGGCCGGGUGGAUGUGAAGGAGUACGUUGGAUACUGCAGUAGACAUCAGCUAGAGCAAAUGUUUCUGCGUUUCCACACCGGAGAGGGAACUGAAGCGAAUGCAAAACUGUUCGCUGAGAAUGUUAUGAAGAUAGGGAAGGAGGCUAGUCCGGCCCAAAUUCAGGGAUACUUUAUGAUUCACAAGAUGAGCGACCAACAGACCGUGGUGGAAAAUGUGCCAGCGAUAUGGGAGAGCUCGUGAUGAUUUGUUGUUCGACACAUAUAGACAGGAAAUAAUAUGUAGUAUUACUAUGAGAAUUGAUAUCCACAGAUUCAUCGGUAAAACGAUUACCGUAUCAUCUAGAAUAGACAAGCGGAAAAGAAAGUUCAGCGCAGAUUUGUUUUUUUUUUCAUGUUGGGUGUGAAUCACUGCGUCCAU